CAGAAACCAUGUCUAAGGGAACAGCAGUCGGCAUUGAUCUCGGGACCACCUACUCCUGCGUGGGUGUGUUCCAGCAUGGCAAGGUUGAAAUCAUUGCCAACGACCAGGGUAACAGGACCACUCCAAGCUACGUUGCCUUCACUGACUCUGAGAGGCUCAUCGGUGAUGCUGCCAAGAAUCAGGUUGCCAUGAACCCCUGCAACACAGUGUUCGGUAAGUUUAUGUAUUGCAAAGGUGAUUAUUGGUAGAUGUCAAUAAAGUUUGUAAAGGUGUGAUGCAGUUUAUUCCUGUCAUUUGUAGUUUCCACCAGAAGUUUUAUAACCAAAGAUGGUUCUAGUAUCUUCCUUGGAUGUCAGAGUGAGAAACCAAAGGUCAACUGCUAUGAUCGGAGUAUGUCUAUAAUGCAAUCGUUUUAACAUACUUUUUACUUGCGUAUUCCAGAUGCUAAGCGUUUGAUUGGCAGAAGGUUUGAGGACACCGUGGUUCAGUCCGACAUGAAGCACUGGCCCUUCAACGUCAUCAGCGACAGCGGACGCCCCAAAGUGGAGGUCGAAUACAAAGGCGAGACCAAGAGCUUCUACCCUGAGGAAAUCUCCUCCAUGGUAUUGGUCAAGAUGAAGGAGAUUGCAGAGGCCUACCUCGGGAAGGUGAGUUUGAAAUGCAUUGCAGUCUAUUUCAGAGUUGUAUUGACAGUAAGUCUAUUCAUUCCCAAUUUGUUUAUUUUUUUACCCUCAUUUUUGCAGACUGUAUCAAACGCUGUUGUAACAGUACCAGCUUACUUUAACGACUCUCAGCGCCAAGCAACCAAAGACGCUGGAACAAUCUCUGGUCUGAAUGUUCUGCGAAUCAUCAAUGAGCCAACCGCUGCCGCUAUUGCUUAUGGCUUGGACAAGAAGGUGAGACCCAUAUAUUUUAGAGGUCAGGAAGGUCUAGUUAUGGUUUAUUGAAAUAAUAAUUUGAUUUGGACAAACUAGAUUUAAUUCGCUAUGAUGAAGUUUACUCCUGCCAUUUGUAGUUUCCACCAGAGGUUGAAAAACCAAAGGAUGCCCAACAACCUUCCCUGGAAUACAUAGCCAUGUGUCAUAGGGUUUCUAGUUCCUUUUUUUUAUAAGUGCAAAUACUGAAGAUUCUCUUCUGUUUCAGGUUGGUGCUGAACGGAACGUCCUUAUCUUUGAUCUGGGUGGCGGCACCUUUGACGUGUCCAUUCUGACCAUCGAGGAUGGCAUCUUUGAGGUCAAGUCCACUGCUGGAGACACCCAUCUGGGUGGAGAAGACUUUGACAACCGCAUGGUCAACCACUUCAUUGCAGAGUUCAAAAGGAAGUACAAGAAAGAUAUCAGUGACAACAAGAGGGCUGUUCGCCGUCUCCGCACCGCCUGUGAGAGGGCAAAGCGCACCCUGUCCUCCAGCACCCAGGCCAGCAUCGAGAUUGACUCUCUGUACGAGGGAAUCGACUUCUACACCUCCAUCACCAGAGCUCGCUUUGAGGAACUCAAUGCAGACCUUUUCCGUGGCACCCUGGACCCAGUGGAGAAAUCCCUCCGCGACGCCAAGAUGGACAAGGCCCAGGUCCACGACAUCGUCCUGGUCGGAGGCUCCACUCGUAUCCCCAAGAUCCAGAAACUGCUCCAAGAUUUCUUCAACGGCAAAGAGCUCAACAAGAGCAUCAACCCCGACGAGGCUGUGGCCUAUGGCGCAGGUGGGUCACUGAUCUUGUGUUCACUCUGUGGUCAUUGGGCUGCUUUAACAAGCCCUAACCAAAUAGUUUAGCUGUGAUUAAGUUUAUUCCUGCCAUUCGUAGUUUCCAGCAGGUCAAAAUACCAAAGAUGGCCCAACACCUUCCUUUUUUAAUGUCUGAGCAACAAUGUUACUGUGGCUCUACAGUGAUGUUUUUACAUGAGUCUAACCUCUCCAUUCUCAUUUGCAGCUGUCCAGGCAGCCAUCCUCUCAGGUGACAAGUCUGAGAAUGUCCAGGACCUGCUUCUGCUGGACGUCACCCCCCUCUCCCUGGGUAUUGAGACCGCUGGAGGUGUCAUGACCGUCCUGAUCAAACGGAACACCACCAUCCCAACCAAGCAGACCCAGACCUUCACCACCUACUCAGACAACCAGCCUGGUGUGCUCAUUCAGGUAAAAAAGACCCUGCAUAACAUUUCAAUUUCAGGGCAGUGUUUCCUCAUUCCUUUGGCCACUCGCUGUGAUGAAGUUUACUCUUGCCAUUCGUAGUUUCCACCAGAGGUUGAAAGACAAAAGAUGUCCCUAUACCUUCCUUGGCUGUCUGAGUGACUAUUUAGUGAAAUGUACUUCUCAUUUGAAGACCAUGUAUGUUUUGCUAAUAUAGACUGUAUCCCCCAGGUGUACGAGGGUGAGAGGGCUAUGACCAAGGACAACAACCUGUUGGGAAAGUUUGAGCUGACUGGAAUCCCCCCUGCACCUCGCGGUGUUCCUCAGAUUGAGGUCACCUUCGACAUUGACGCAAACGGCAUCCUCAAUGUCUCUGCCGUUGAUAAGAGCACUGGCAAGGAGAACAAGAUCACCAUCACCAACGACAAAGGUAGACAGAAUAAAAUGUGACCAAAGUGAAAUUGUAUUACAAUAUGCCUACUAGGAUAGUGAGCGUAUCCUUAACUCAACAAUGUUUUUUUUGUCUGACCAGGUCGUCUGAGCAAGGAGGACAUUGAGCGCAUGGUCCAGGAGGCUGAGAAGUACAAGUGUGAGGAUGAUGUGCAGCGUGACAAGGUUUCCUCCAAGAACUCACUGGAGUCUUACUCUUUCAACAUGAAAUCCACCGUGGAGGAUGAGAAACUACAGGGCAAGAUCAGUGACGAGGACAAGACCAAGAUUCUGGACAAGUGCAAUGAGAUCAUUGCCUGGCUGGAUAAGAACCAGGUACAGUAUAUUGAUGUGCCCAUUAAUUUAAACCAAGUUAUUACCCAUAACGUGUCAAGAAGGGAAAUAAAUCAAUCAAUCUUAACCUGUAUAUUUUUGUUUCACAGACUGCAGAGAAGGAAGAGUAUGAGCAUCAGCAACAGGAGCUGGAGAAGGUUUGCAACCCCAUCAUCACCAAGCUGUACCAGAGUGCUGGUGGUAUGCCAGGCGGUAUGCCUGGUGGAAUGCCUGGAGGCUUCUCAGGCGCUGGUGGUGCUGCUCCUGGAGGUGGUGGAUCCUCAGGCCCCACCAUCGAGGAAGUCGAUUAAACCCAAUGUCCCAUCUCACCACUCUGUAAACACAAAG